AUGUCUACCAAAACUAAUGGCACAUAUACCAACGGAACCUAUACUAAUGGAAAAACGCCGGUAUCUUCCACCCGAGGAAGCAGUCAAGAUGCUCUCAAAGCCGAAGAGACAUACUCGGCCAAAAACUAUCAAUCACUGCCUAUUGUAUUUUCCCACGCCCAAGGAGCUUCUGUCUGGGAUCCCGAAGGUCGUCACUAUCUCGACUUCCACGCUGCCUCGACGGCUCUCAACCAUGGUCACUGCCAUCCCAAGCUUGUCGCUACCCUUGUUGAGCAGGCGUCGCGGCUGACUUUGACGUCCCGCGCGUUCCACAACGACAUCUAUCCUCAGUUUGCUGCGCUGGUGAACAAGCUUUUCGGAUAUGACAGAGUCCUACCUGCGAGUACAGGUGCCGAAGCUUCCGAGACGGCGAUAAAGAUUGCUCGAAAAUGGGCAUACAAGGUUAAGGGUGUUCCAGAGAACCACGCUAUUGUUCUAGGCGCUGCUGGGAACCACCAUGGGCGAACGCUGGCUACCAUUGCUCUCGCCUCGGACUCCAUGUCGCGUGAUCUGUAUGGUCCACUCGACCCAAACAUCAGCUGUACCAUUCCUGGAACCAACCGUCAUAUCGAGUACAACAACAAAGCCGCACUCCUAGAAGCAUUCGAAGCCGCGGGAUCCAACCUUGCCGCCUUUAUCAUCGAGCCGAUCCAAGGAGAUGCAGGCGUUAUUGUAGCUGACGAUGAGUACCUUCAAUAUGCAAGAGCACUCUGCGACCAGAACAACGUUCUCUUGAUCUGCGACGAGAUCCAAACUGGAAUUGGACGAACCGGAAAAUUUCUCGGCCACUACUGGAGUGGCAUUAAACCGGAUAUGGUUCUUCUGGGUAAGACCAUGACGGGUGGUAUGUAUCCUGUCUCGUGUGUGCUGGGCAACGACGAGGUGAUGCUCACUGUCGAGCCCGGAACUCAUGGGUCGACGUAUGGUGGCAAUCCACUCGGCGCGGCCGUGGCGAUGCGCGCUCUCCAAGUCGUCGAGGAGGAGAAGCUAGCAGAAAAUGCUGAGCGACUUGGCCAUGUCAUGCGUGACGGUUUGAGGGAGAUCCAGGCCAAGACUUCAAUUAUCGAGACAGUCCGGGGCAGAGGUCUGCUCAAUGCCAUGGUGAUUGAUCAGUCCAAGACAAAUGGAUACACCGGUAUUUACCUUUGCGAGAUGAUGAAGGAGAAGGGCCUUUUGCUCAAGUCUAGCCGGACAGGCAUCAUAAGAAUCUCUCCACCUCUGGUUGUUACCGAAGAUCAGAUUCGAUGGUCGCUUGGCAUCAUGCAGGAGUGCAUCGAAGAGCUUCUGAAGCUUCCUCCUGUAUAA